AUUCAAUGCGGUCCGCAACAUUUAGGAACGACACCGGCCAUUUUAGAGAACAGUGUUUGGUUUGAUAAUUUUAAUAUCAAAAUUAAAUUUGUAAUUAAUGUCAGAACCACAGUCAGCUCUUCUAUUAAGAAAACAGCUAGCAGAAUUGAACAAGAACCCCGUUGAGGGUUUUUCUGCAGGCCUUAUAGAUGAUAAUGACAUUUACCGAUGGGAAGUACUUAUAAUAGGGCCUCCCGAUACGCUUUAUGAAGGAGGUUUUUUCAAAUGCCACCUCUAUUUUCCUAAAGAAUACCCACUUAGGCCCCCAAAAAUGAAGUUUGUCACAGAAAUAUGGCAUCCUAAUAUUGAUAAAAACGGCGAUGUGUGUAUAUCGAUUCUGCACGAGCCAGGCGACGACAAGUUUGGCUACGAAAAAGCCUCGGAACGGUGGUUGCCCGUGCACACAGUAGAGACUAUUUUAAUUUCAGUUAUCUCAAUGUUAGCCGAUCCCAACGACGAGUCACCGGCCAAUGUGGACGCCGCUAAAGAGUGGAGGGAAUCGUAUUCGGAGUUUAAAAGAAAAGUGGCAAGAUGCGUCCGGAAGUCACAAGAACAAGAGGAAUGUUAGUAUAAUGACCGUAUUACAAUAAAACCUUAAAACAAUUACACCAAUGGUUUGAUUCUAGAGCUGUUAAAAUUUGCCGAUUUUUUGUAUGUCGUUCUCUGUAGUUUUUUAUACAAACAAAAUGUGUUUAUAUAUAUCUCGCGUCUCAAAGAGAAAUUUUAACACUUCCAGAAUCGACGCUGCCCGAUCAUCAUAUGACAACCGUUUUCUCCUCUACUUUUUUUAUUUAAGAUCUCACGGCAACUGAGAAGUUAGGUUAUACCUGAGAAAUUUUUCGUUUUUUUUAUUUAAUAAAAACCUUGUUUAUUAUUGCUUUUGCAUUUUCUGUUACGAUUUGCGGUCGUGUGUGUAACAUUGUGUAUCCGAUGGGUUCCUAGAUGGGGGCCGCGCCUUCUUGACGGACACAGUUCGGAGAACUCUUUUUAAAUCACAACUUUACGCAUUGAGAACUCGCUUUGUUACACGUGUUGAGAUGUUUCGCACAAUAAAUUUACUUGUAUAUAAAAAGGAAACGUAAGCGGCCCAAGCAUAAAAAACCCAUAGUCGGUUUAAAUCUGUAUGUAAUAUUAUUUAAAAUGUUUAUAAGUAUAUUUGUUUUGUGAUUCAUGAAAUUGAUGAGUUUUAAUAUAAUUUUUAUUUAAUUCAACUCUCAAGCCCAUUAUAAAGUCUAGAGGGCACAAGUCAAGGCCUAAUACCGGCCAUAGGUUUUACAAACCCCUGUAUUAAGAACCAGUGAUAAAAAAAUACUGAAAAUCAUAUGUGAUAUUUUUUAUAACUGUUACUUUUCAUUUCUGUUGCUGUACCACGUAAUCUCACAUAAUUAUUACAGUUACAUUAAAGACUGUUUGUAUAAACGACUCUGAAGUUUGGGGUCUACGAGUUUUCGAAAAUGGCAUAGAUGGCCUUCCUACUCGACUGAAAACAAUAUUGUGAGAUUAUGUUCGUAAAAACUCUCGAUUGGUUGGGUUGUUUACGAUUCUGUCCAUUUUUCUAUAACCGUUACCUUUGAAUAUACCAUCCGAUCUGUGUCUGGAGAAAGGUAGACUCCUGCUUACCGUGUCGAUAUAUAUAUAUAUAUUUGUAUGGAAAUUAAUGCCCUCAGAACCGUCUUGUUUAAGUUGUACCAUACCGUUUAAGCCCGAGAACCAUGAAUGAGUAUGAAAUGUAUUUUUCAGAGUAAGCAACCAGUCAGCAACGGAAGUUGUAAUAAUCUUAAGACAUUCAUUUGUCGGAAAUACUUGUAACUCUUAGAUAUGUAAAUUGAAUUGUAACACUGUAGGUAUCGUAAUUUAAGUAAAUUUUAUUAAAAAAACGUG